AUGAACCCCAACAAGGAAGUGUUUGGGGAAGAGAUGAGAGGCCAGCGCUGCGAGGCGGUCAGCAGCAGCCCCCCGCCGCCUCCCUGUGCCCAGAACCCCCUGCACCCCAGCCCGUCCCACUCCGCGUGCAAAGAGCCCGUCGUCUACCCCUGGAUGCGCAAAGUUCACGUGAGCACGGUAAACCCCAAUUACGCCGGCGGGGAGCCCAAGCGCUCGCGGACCGCCUACACCCGCCAGCAGGUCCUGGAGCUGGAGAAGGAGUUUCACUACAACCGCUACCUGACGCGGCGCCGGAGGGUGGAGAUCGCCCACGCGCUCUGCCUCUCCGAGCGCCAGAUCAAGAUCUGGUUCCAGAACCGGCGCAUGAAGUGGAAAAAAGACCACAAGUUGCCCAACACCAAGAUCCGCUCGGGUGGCACCGCAGGCGCAGCCGCAGGGCCCCCCGGCCGGCCCAACGGAGGGCCCCCCGCGCUCUAGUGGCCCCCGCGCGCGCGGGAGCCAUGAACCUGGGGCAGGAGAGGGUGGCGAGCGCCGGGAAUAUGGGGGGGGGGAGAGGCGGGAGGAGACCCUGGGGCCUGGGCCCGGAAAAGCCUUCCUGCUCCCGCCCCCCCCACUUUAUCUAUUUACACGAAUAAACGCAGAGAAGGGGGAGGGGAAGCUUUAUUUAUAGAAACGACAAUAGGGAGCCGGUCGAGGCCCCCCAGAAGCAAAGCUCAAGUCUCUUGCUUUCUUUCUUAAAAAAAAAAAAAGAAGAAGAGGAAGGAAGAAAGAAAAGACAGAAAGAGAAAUAGGAGGAGGCUACACUCCUCGUUUUCAGCUUUGGCGAAGAUGGAUCCACGUUUCAUCUUUAAUCACGCCAGGCCCGGGCCCAUCUGUCUUGUUUACUCUGCCGCGGAGAGGACGGGCCUCGGUGGCGACCAUUACCUCGACACUCGGCUAACAAAUGAGGCCCGGCCGCGCCGCCUCCGCUGCUGCCGCUGCUGGAAGACAGCCUGGAUUUUCUUUCUUUGUCCCCCAUUCCUGACACCCAGCGAAAGCACCCUCUGAGUGCCAGAUAGCGCAGUGUUUUGGCCACGGUAACAAACACGUACAUAUAACGUCCUCCCCCUCCGUGCCCCUUCGCGGGAACACGGACUGCGCGCCCCCUUCCACUGCGGGGCUGGGAAGGGGGGCAGCAGCGAGGGGACAAGUGGAGGCGCGGGUGGCCUUGGCAACGCAGGAGCGGGCAGGGAAAUUGAGUCCAAGAAAGAAAAAAAAAAAAAGAAGUGAGACCCGGGAGGGCCUUCCUCUGGAAGGUCAAGCUGUCCCUGGCAGGGUUGAGGGGCCGCUGAGUUCUGAGAGUUGGGCACAGCCCUCUCGCCAAUCUUAGAGUUGUACAGAGGUGACCUGCUCUCCUAGACUGAAAUUGAAUGUGAAACUAGGGAAUAAAAUGUUGCGCCCCUCCCCGGUCGCGGAGAUGAUGUUACAGAGACCUCUCCCAUAGUUUAUCAUUGUUGCAUUGAUUAUUAUUAUUAUUAUUAUUAAUUAUUAUUAUUUUAUGUCAUGUGUGUUCUUUCUCCUGUUCUCUUCCUGACAUUCCAAACUAGGCCCCCUUCCUAGUUCUGGGGCUGCCUGAGUCUAGAACCCUUCGUUGGAGUGAAAAUUUUGUGUCCUGUACAGAGUGACAAUAGAAAUAAAUGUUUGGUUUCUUGUGACCAGCA